AUGGACGCCAGCAGCCGUGGUGGCUGGGACUUUCUGGACGUCACCACAGAGCCGCGUCCCCAGCCGGGAGAACGUGUGCGGAGAAAGGGCUCCUCGGGCACCGGUGUCAGCCUGCCCGAGACCCGCGUGGGUGGCAGCCUGCUCUCCAGCCUUCCCAACAAACUCCCCAAGCCCGGGGUCGCCAUCGGCGCCAAGUACACGGCUGGCUUUCUGGAAGUGCUGAGAGCCAACUACGGUGUUCCCUCUGACUGCUUCUCCCACGCCCCCUCUGCCGCCCAGCUUCUGAGAGCUUUGGGCCCUGUGGAGCUUGCCCUGACGGUCCUCAUGACCCUGCUCUCCCUGGGCUCCGCCGCCAUCUACCUGGAGGACGCCGUCUACCUGCACAGAAACACCCGCUGCCCCGUCAAGAGGAAGACGCUGCUCUGGAGCAGCUCUGCGCCCACGGUGGUGUCUGUGUUCUGCUGUUUUGGCCUCUGGAUUCCCCGGGCCCUCAUGCUCGUGGAAAUGGCCAUCGUGUCGUUUUACGCCGUGUGCUUCUACCUGCUGAUGAAGGUCAUCGUGGAAGGCUUCGGCGGCAAGGAGGCCGUUCUGAGGACACUCAAGGACACACCCAUAAGGAUCCACACGGGCCCCUGCUGCUGCUGCUGUCCCUGCUGCCCGCCCCUCAGGCUCACCAGGGAGAAACUGAAAUUGCUGAUGUUGGCGCCGUUCCAGUAUGCCUUCUUCAGAGUCGCCUUUGGCCUGGUGGGUCUGUUCCUCAUUCCUGAUGGCAUCUUCGACCCAGCCGAUAUCUCAGAGACGAGCGCGGCCCUGUGGAUCAACACUGUCCUCGGCGUGUCCACCCUGCUGGCUCUCUGGGGCCUCGCCAUCCUUUUCCGUCAAGCCAGGCUGCACCUGGGGGAGCAGAACAUAGGAGCCAAGUUUGCUCUCUUCCAGGUGCUCCUCAUCCUCACAGCUCUCCAGCCGUCCAUCUUCUCCGUCCUGGCCAGUAGCGGGCAGAUUGCAUGCGCGCCCCCUCUCUCCUCGAAGGCCAGGUCACAAGUCAUGAACUGCCACCUGCUGGUUGUGGAGACCUUCCUGAUGACCGUGCUGACCCGGAUGUACUACCGAAGGAAAGACGACAAGGUCGGCUACGAGCCCUUCCCCCCACCCAGCCUGGACCUGCACCUCCGAGCUUGAGGCCAAGACAGGCGGAGGUCUCCUCUGUCCCACAGCCUUCGCGCCAGCCCGGACCAAGCAGGCAGGGCAGCCUGGCAGGCAGGACAAACGGUGG